AGUGGUUGAAUGUGAUGCCGAUUUCACACCGUCACCAUAGCAGUCACCGCAAGAGUCGGCGGUCCCCCAGGCUCACGGCGGGUGGAGAUAAGAUCUUGACUAGGCAGAUGUUGCAGCUGAGGUGCCGCUCGGACCGGCUGGACAUGAUCACCAAGCUCAAUCUCUGGGGCAGCGAUUUGGGAGAUGUGAGCGUCAUUGGCGAGGCCCUGCCGGCGUUGGAGGUGUGCAGUCUUAGUGUGAACCGUAUAAGGACGUUGAGUGGGUUCAAAGGAUGUAACAGCCUCCGAGAGCUGUAUCUGCGUAAAAACGCUGUGAGUGAUGUGGAGGAAGUGGAGCACCUAAGGCGUCAUUGUCGGUGUCUAGAGAUACUCCUGUUGGAGGACAACCCUUGCAGUGAGCAUCCGGGGUAUAGAGAGUAUGUCAUAUCGAGGCUACCAUGGCUGAGGAUCCUGGACAAUAAGGAGAUCACAGAGGAGGAGCGGCAAGCUGCGACAGCUUCUGUGUCGAGUCGAUCGGCUGUGUCGGGUGGUGAUGAGAUGGAGGGUAGGGGAAGGCUGCCUUGGAGUAGUGGUGGACCGGGAGGGGAGUAUUCCUUUGUGAGCUGUACAGAGGGAGGUGGCCAUGGAGGGCAGUCCCCAGCUACCGAGGGGCCCAGCUUUCAAGAGUGUGAUACCACCUACGAUGGUGAUGCUCGUCGAGGAUCCUGGGCCCUAGAGGAGGCGUCUGCUAUCGGCAGUGUCGGGAGGGGACGAUGUUCGAGUGUAGGGGGACCGCUCUGGGAGGGUCUGCUGAGAGAACGACCUCAUGGCAAUGAUGGUGUCCAUGACGAUACGUACGAGCUCUCGGUGUCGUACAUCACUGAGGAGGCAGCUCGGCCGAGGGACUCCUUUGUAUCGAUGCGCUCCUCUUCUGUGGAGAGGGACCGUGGCUCUGUUGAUCACCGUGGAGAGUCACUAGGGGUGAAACAGGAGGAGGUUGAGGAGGACGACUCAUUGGAGGAAAGGGUCAGCUCUAGCAGUAGUGGUGGAAAAGAUAAUAACAUUGUGACUGCUGUGUUGGCGUUGCUACGGGAGCUUGAUGAGGAGUCGAUGCUUAGAGUGAAGACGGAGACUACUAUGGAUGACCAUGAUGAGCACUGGCGACGAGUGAAAGCGAUGGUUGAAGCUGAUCCGGACAUAGUGGUGACACGGAAGUACACCUUUGGGGUCUCCAACCUGAGGACGCGCUAUAAUGAGGAGUAUCUGAUGCUGAUGCCCAAGUUUAGAGAUAGAUUGUAUGGCGGCGACUUGGAGUUUGGAUCUAGUCCUUCGCCAUCACAGGCGUCUGAGGCUAGCGAGGCUGAGCUGGUACCAUCAACGCCGAUACGUGGUGGUGAUGGAAUGCUGUAUAAUGGAGGGGCUUCGUCGUCCUCGGUGUCACACGGGUUAGGAAGGGCAGCGGACGGGGGCUCUAUCCUGGCCUCUCCGGAGACCCCUGCAAGACCGAGAGCCCCACCGCCACCUCAGGCAGCGGAUGAGGACCCUGUAGCGCCCAUCGGGGUUGCUGUGGAUGACCCUCCACAUGGGGUCCUCUUUAUGGACUGGGCUGCUGCUAGUCCCUUGGACGACACGCAGGCGUUGGAUGCGAGCUCGAGUGGGGAAGGAGGCCGAGAAGUUGACCUUACGGUAGAUAUCUCUGAGGAAGGCUCGGCUGUUGCGGAAUACCAAAUUGAGGACCCAUUGUCGCAGGGCACAGUGGAGAGUCCUGAGAAAGACCCUUGCCGUCGGGGAUGCUGUGCUCUUCUGCCUGGACGUGUUUGUGAGGCCCACCUGGUCCUGUUGAGCAGCUGUAGGCCCACUAUGGACGUGCCCCAUGUGGUGCAUCUUGGGAAGGAGAGAUGCACUAUCGGUCGAGCAGUGGAGUCAGAUGUGUAUUUGGACUCGGUGGCCUAUCCUAGGACGCUGAGUAGGGAGCAUGCUGUUAUUGAGAGGAGAGGUCCUUGCAACUUCAUCGUGAAGGACCUCCGUAGCGUAAACGGCGUGUAUGUUAAUGGCAAGGCUAUUAAGGAUGANNNNAGGGAGGCUGAGAGGGUGGAGGAGACUAUGAAGAGGGAGAUGGAUGGUAUAAGGGAAGCCGCGGAGGAGACGGAAAACUCCCUUCUGGUGGAGGUUGAGCUGAUCAGGAGUGUGGCUGAGACGGCGGAGAGCGAGGUGAAAAGGCUGAAGUCGUUUGGGGAGGAGUUGAAGGAGAGGAACGUCGAGUUGGAGGGGAGAGUGGCUGAGCUGGAGGCUGAGUUGAAGGCCUUUGCUGUGCCUGGAGGCAUCCUCAAAGACCUUGGAAUCGUGGAGGAGGGUAUCACCCCUGAGGCCUUUUAUGACGUCCUAGAGGGAAAGGUGGCGGAGUGGCGUUGCAUGGAGUCGACUUUGGUGUGCAGAGAGAAGGAGUUGGAGGAGAAGGAGGAGGAGUUGGAGGAGAAGGUGAUGGAGGUGAAUAAGGAGAGGAGGGAGGUUAUUAGGUUGAGGAGCAUCCUGGCUGAGCUGGAGAUGGAGAAGGAGUCGGAGGUGGAGGAACUACGGGAGGAGGUGGAGGCCCUUGUGGAGGUGCAGGAACGCUUUGAGGGGCUGAGGAAGGAUAGGGACGAGGCAGAGGUGGGAGCGUGGUGUGAGGUUACUCGUGUGAAGGGGGAGAUGGAGACUCUAGAGGGGGAGUAUAGGAGGGUGAGGGAGGAGGGGGAGGCGUUGAAGGUAGCUCUGGGGGCGGCUGAGAGGGAGCUGGCCAAGGCUGGGGAGAGGGUGGCCGGCUUGGCGGCUGAGGUUGAUAACAUGAAGAAAUACAGAGUUCAGAGGGAGUUGUUGGAGGGGGAGGUGGUGCGCCUUAGGGAUAGGCUGGAGGUGGAGGUGGACAGAGCUGACUGUGCUGUGAGGGACUUGGUUACGCUGAGUGAGAAGGAGGCGGAGGAGCGGGAGGAGAUGGAGGAGAUGAGGGACCUGGUCGAGAGGCUUCAAGAGGAUCUCGAGAGUGCCACUGAUGCUGUGGAAAGAGGGGAGGUGAGGCUGACAGAGAAAAAUGAGUUAUUGAGAAUUGCCACUGAGGAAAAGACGGCGGCUGAGGUGGCCUGUGGGGGUCUUAAGGAGGAGCUGGAGAAGGAGAGGACGGCAUUCGCGGAGAGGGAGGAGUCCUUCCGAGAUGAACUGAGUCAGGCGGAGAAGAAGGCUGAGGAGGCGAGGGAGCGGGAGAGGGCGCUGAGGGAGGAGUUGGAGGGUGUGAGGGGGAAGGAGGAGAGGCUUAGGGGGGAGAAGGAGAGGUUGGAGGAGAUGGUGGCUGAGAAGGAGGCGCGCUUUUCGGGGGAGUUGGUGAUGAUAAAAGUGGAGUUAAGGGAGUUGAAGGCGGUGGUGGAGGAGAAGGAGAGAGAGCUUGUUGAGAACAGGCAGACUAUUACGACCCUUGAGGACCUACGAUGCCAGUUGAAGGGGGACUUGAGGGAUGCUAAGGGGCAGUGCCAGAAGGCUACAGCGAAGACGAAGGAGUUGGAGGAGGCGACUCGCAGGAUGAUGGCUGAAUGUGAGGACUUGAAGGGGAAGCUGGAGGGGACCAGGAAGGCGGCAGCGGUGGCUGAGAGGGAAAUGAGUGAAAAACUGAGAGAUGCGGAGAGGAAGGUGGAGGAGGCGGCUGAGAGGGCUAGGGAGGUUGAGGGAAGGUAUGAGGCGUUGGAAGGGGAGCGAGGUGGCGUUGUAGCUCGUCUGAAGACUGUGGAGGAGGCUAUGGAGGAGAAGGAGAGGACUGUGGAGGAGCUGGAGGGGAAGCUGGCUGAGCAAACUUCCGCGAGGGAGGAGUUGAAGAGGGAGUUGAGCGAUCGUGAAGAACGGUUCAAGGAGAAGGUGGAGGAGGUAGAAGGAUUGAAGAGGAAGUUGAGGGAACAGUCGUCAGCCCGAGAGAGGCGCGAGGAGGAGUUGAAGAGGCAUCUUGACGUGAUAGAGGGUCGAUGUGAAGAGUUGGGAAGGGCGGUUGAGAGUACUGGAAGGGAGCUUAGGGAGGCAGAUGAGGCCCUGGAGGGUACGAAGAGGCAGCUGAUGAGUAAGGAGAAUGAACUGGUCAGAGAGGCCUGGCAGAGGCAGAUGUACGAGAGGGAGGUGGCGGGGUUGAAGGAGGCUCUGGGGGAAGUGGAGAGGAAGUUGGUGAUGGAGAGGGAGGAGAAAGGAGAAGUGAAGGCGCGUUUGGGUCGGGUUGAAGGGGAUUGGGAGGCGGCCAGAGGUGAGCUGGAGGAAGCAGUAGAGGAGCGUGGGAGGAUGGCACAGCUGCUGGGGAAGGCUGAGGUGGAGGUGGAGAGGCUCGCCUUUGAGUUGUCCGAGUGCAAGGAGGAGUUGAGGGGGGCUAGGAUUGAGCUGGCGACCACCAAAGAGGAGAUGGAGAGGCUUGUUCGAGAGACGACGGAGUUGAGGAAGACCCUAGAGGAAGCUGAGGAAGCUGUCGAGAGGUUGAAGGAGCUUGUUAAGGCAGUUGAGGAGGAGCGAGAGCGGGAGAAGGAUGGGUAG